GUUUGCGUUACGACAGCUACGCGAUUAGCGGCGAUUGUUGUUUUAUUGGCAUGCUGGAAUUCAGUGGUUGAUUUCUUUUGCUGUUAAGUUAAAAAAAACGACAAAACAUGUCGUCUUCAUUUAAAAAAGCCUUAAAGUCCCAUCAGAAAGAACACAGGGAAAGAUCGCAGCUUAGCUUCAGAAAGCAAUUGGGCUUAUUAGAAAAGAAGAAGGACUACAAACUUAGAGCCAAUGAUUACCAUAAAAAACAAAACACACUUCAAGCUCUGCGUAAGAAGGCUUUGGAAAAAAAUCCUGAUGAGUUUUAUUUUAAGAUGAUAACAUCAAAACUUAAGGAUGGAGUUCACGUUAUCAAAAGACCAAAUGAAGAGGUCACGGAAGAACAACUGAAGCUGAUGGGAACCCAGGACAUCAGAUAUGUUGAAAUGAAAAGAGUUGCCGAAGCAAAGAAAAUAGAGAGAUUAAAAUCUGAGCUUCAUUUGCUUGAUGCUGAUGGGAAACAAAAAAACAAACACACAUUCUUUUUAAAUACAAAAAAAGAAGUUGCCGAGUUUGACUUGGCAAAGCAUUUAAACACUGCUCCAGAACUGGUAAACAGAGUGUAUAACAGACCAACAAUUGAAACCUUACAGAAAGAAACUGUCAAAGGGGCCACUGAACCCAAGGUUGUGAAGAAACUUGCCCGACAGAGGAAACACCAAUAUCAAAUUCUUAAACAGCGGAUUGAAAGAGAAAAGAAGAUGUUUGUAAUUGGACAGAAGCUGCAAACCCGCAAGGAUUUAAUGGAUAAGACUAAAAAAUUGAAGGUGCAAAAGGAAACUGUUGAUUCCCCUGCUGUUUAUAAGUUUGUAUCACAAAGAAAGCGCUGAGAAGAUCUGUUUACAAGGAGACUGUUUAUACCAACCCUUUGAAAAUGUCAUAUCCCAUCACUUGAAUCAUAAACCUAUGAACUCCGCUUCAUAAAAAGUGUGCAGUAAAAGUAGACUUCUUCAUGUAAUUAAUUUUCAGUCUGUAAAAUGGACACAUUCCCUGGAGAAGACCUUUCAGUUCUCUUAAAGAGACACCUCGACAUACUUUUUGAAUUACUUAAAAUGCUGUUUUUGAUAUGCUGUUACCACUUGUCUCUUCAUCUGUGUACUGUAAUAUCUUCAAUUAAAAUCCCUAUUUAAAUGUCA